AUCCAACUCCAGAAGCAGAACCGUUGUUUUGCUCGGAAAGAUGGGCAACGGAAAAAGCGCCACCGCCAACAGCCUCCUCGGCCGAGAGGCCUUCGAAUCCCUGCACAGCUUAGGCGGCGUCACCGCCGCCUGCAAGCUCGACACAUCCGUCUUCGACGACGGAAGGAUUCUCAACGUCAUCGACACUCCUGGAUUGUUCGAUUCAUCCGUCGAUUCAAAUGCUAUGGCGAAGGAGAUCGCGCAGUGCAUUAAUCUGGCCAAGGAUGGAAUCCACGCACUUCUCUUCGUUCUGUCGCUGAGAAACCGCUUCUCUGAUGAGGAAGCCUCGGCUUUCCACACCCUCUGCCAUAUAUUUGGCGCCAAAAUCGCUGAAUACAUGAUUGUGGUCUUCUCCCACGGCGAUGCUCUCAGGAAGAAUACUUCUCUUGAUGAUUUCCUCGCCAAAAAUUGCCCUGAUCAAUUAAAGGAGACUCUGAAAAAGUGUGGGAAUAGAUAUCUUGUGUUUAAUAAUUGCAUAGAAGAUGAAGAAAAGCUUAGUAAACAGAGGCAGGAGCUUCUCUCUCUUGUUGACACUGUGGUAGAGGUGAAUGGAGGCAAUCCAUACACCAAUCAUCUCUUCCAACAAAUCAAGAAGGAUCAUAUUGAACAAGGUGCCGAAGGGAAUUCAACUAAGGUGCCUUCUGGUGGAGAGCAGUAUGACCGUUUGGUGGAAAUGAUUGAGGCUCGGAUGAAGGAGAGCGUCUCGAACUUGGAGACAAUGCUGGCUGAGGAGAGAGCUGCUCGAGCGGAGGCACAUCUGAAAUCACUGGAAGUUCAGGCGAAGGCGGAGCAUGAGUUGCACGAGUUGAGAGAGUGCCUGAGCAGGGCUGAUCAUCGGAGUUGGGAGCUCCAAGAGGAGCUUAAUCGUAAGCCUAAUUGUAUCGUCAUGUGAUCUGAUUAUGUGAUUGAAAGAGGAACUUGCAGAACAAUGUUUGAUUUUUGCUAUGUUGUGUAGUGUUUUGUUUUUCACAUAGCGAUGCACUCUCAAUGUGUGUGUUUUCCUUUUA